AUGCCUAUGUUCAUCGUGAACACCAAUGUUCCCCACGCCUCCGUGCCAGAGGGAUUUCUCUCUGAGCUCACCCAGCAGCGGGUGCAGGCCACCGGCAAGCCGGCACAGUACAUCGCAGUGCACGUGGCCCCGGACCAGCUCAUGACUUUUAGCGGCACGAGCGACCCCUGCGCCCUCCGCAGCCUGCACAGCAUCGGCAAGAUCGGUGGCGCCCAGAACCGCAACUACAGCAAGCUGCUGUGCGGCCUGCUGUCCGAUCGCCUGCACAUCAGCCCGGACCGGGUCUACAUCAACUAUUACGACGUGAACGCAGCCAAGGUGGGCUGGAACGGUUCCACCUUCGCUUGAGC